UCACUUCAUAAGAAGUAUUUUUAAUAAAGUAUUUUCUGAGUUAUUUAAGUAAUGGAGUCUCAGUAUCACCAGUUUGGAUCGUCUGGUAACAGCCCUGUCCAUGGAGAGACACAAAUGACUGCACAAACAGGCAUGAAGAGGAUCCUGAUGUGGGUUCUCUAUGGAGUGCUGGUGCUGCUGCUGCUGAUCCUGCUGAUGGUCACUGGGAUCAAAUUCUCCCAGCUAAACAAGGAAGUCACUGAUGUCAAACUCAACCUCAAGAGGACCAUCAAUGGAGGAGCAGCUUUAUCACCCAAUUCUGUUGAAGCAACUGAGCAGGAGGCCUCAUUACCGAGACUUAUCCCUGUUCGAGGAGCCUGCAGGGAGGGAUGAGUUUCUUACGAGAGGAGCUGCUACAAGAUAUCCACCAACUCACUGACCUGGAGCAAAGCGGAGAACCAGUGUCGAGCACAGGAGGGACACCUGGUGGUUCUGAAUACUGCGGAGGAACUGCUUUUGGUGUUCUCUAUUUUUUGUUUUGAAAUCAGAUACAAUUAUUGGAUUGGACUUGUGGAGCGAGAGAACGAGGGACACUGGAGCUGGGUGGAUGGAACGGACAUCAACUCAACCCCAACUUUCUGGGAUAAAGGUCAGCCUGAUGACUGGGACUUCAGAGAGAACGGAGUGGACUGUGGGCAGAUUCACGCUUCUGUGAGACGCAAACGCGAGAUGUGAAACGACGCAGACUGCAGCCUGACAUAUCAAUAUAUCUGUGAGAGCAGAGUGUGA